UUGACGCCUUGAAGCCUGACCAAGAUGACAUGCCCACCACUGUUGACGCCUUGAAACUCGACCAGGACAAGGAGCAAAUCCGAACCGCCGCUUUGGAGCAGCGUCUUCACGAAAUGACUAAGUCGCCAGCUCCCAAGAAGUGGCGUGAAGACGGGCGUUGCGGGCAGUGGUUCCCUGCUGAAGACGGUAACCCUGCUGAAUGUGACCCGGCAGGUGAUUACGCAUGCUGCUCCGAGUUCACCUGGUGCGGCAAGACUGCGGCCCACUGUGACUGUCCGGCUUGUGUCGACUACAGAAAUACAGGUUCAAACACCCACAGCGAAUCCUGGUCUACAGUUAACAACACUUUCAAUGACAGCAUCCCAUCCUUCAACCCCACCUAAACAUCCUCUCCCUGCACUACCCAAUCCCUGGGCAAAGGUAAGGGUAUUUUACAGCACCUUCACAUAUUAUCUUUGA